GCAUUAGAGACAUCUGCUUGUGAGGCAAAGGUAUCUACGAAACUAUGGAUGUUACAAGAACUUCACUUGAUAUUAAAGAGUACCCCGAUACUGAGGUACAGAAAAACCGACAACUAACCUUGGAAGAAUGGCAAGAAAAGUGGGUGCAGCGCAAAAUUACAUUUCAUCAGGAACAAGGACACCGGCUAUUAAAGAAGCAUUUGGAUACUUUCCUUAAAGGCGAGAGUGGACUGAGAGUAUUUUUCCCUCUUUGUGGAAAAGCAGUUGAGAUGAAAUGGUUUGCAGAUCGAGGACACACUGUAGUCGGUGUGGAAAUCAGUGAACUUGGGAUACGGGAAUUUUUUACAGAGCAGAAUCUUUCUUACUCAGAAGAACCAAUCAUGGAAAUUCCUGGAGCCAAAGUAUUCAAGAGCUCUUCAGGGAACGUCUCAUUGUACUGUUGCAACCUUUUUGAUCUUCCCAGAGCAAAUAUCGGCAAAUUUGACAGGAUUUGGGAUAGAGGAGCAUUUGUUGCUAUUAACCCAGGUGAUCGUAAACGCUAUGCAGAUAUAUUGCUGUCCCUAAUGAGAAAAGGAUUUUACUACCUCUUGAGUGUUUUAUUUUAUGAUCCAACUAAACAUGCAGGCCCACCAUUUUAUGUUGCAGAUGGGGAACUUGAAAGGCUGUUUGGGUCCGCGUGCAAGAUUGAGUGUCUUGAGGAGGCGGAUGCGUUUGAAGAACGACACAGAAGCUGGGGGAUUGACAGCCUCGUUGAAAAGUUAUAUCUACUUACAGAAAAGUAAAUGAGACAUAAAGAAAAAAAGCAAGUAACAUGAAGUUUUUGAGCUUUUGAGCAAUUGAAAAUUACGCUAAGGAUUGAAAAUAUAAUGGAUGGAACUUUGAAAAAAAUUGCUUGCAAAUUACAUCACAGUAAUUCAUGUAACUUUUUAGAAAAAACAACAUACACUAAAAUGUUAAAGUAGCUGCUUUUGGAAAGGAGAGUAUGAUUGGGGGGUGGGGUGAAAGAUUAUACCUGUGUGUUUUACUUAGCAAUUACAAGACUAUUUUACAAUCACCGUGUAUUACUUCUAUAAUUAAAAGAGAAAUGCAAUGUGUGUAACUUAAAUAUAGUAGACAUAGAAAAAUUGUCAUUCUUUAUGAAAUUUAGAACCAUUGGGGAAAUGUAAUACUUUAAUAAGGUUCAAGGUAAAAGGAAGUGGCAUAAGAAAUGAUAUAAAAUAUUAGCUUUUCCUAUAAACCUUCAUAUUAUUCUCAUCCUACCACUCUUUUUCACAUUUUUCUACUUAUAUAAUUAUAUAUGUAACAGACACAAGAUAUAUUUUUAAUUAAAUCAGUUUAUGUGCAACAAAAUAUUGUUCCCAAAUUGUAAAAAUAAAAUUUUAAAAUGA